GGUAGGUAGUUUUAAAUGACUUUAUUGUUUUUCGACGUAUUCUCCACAGAGAUUAAUACAGAUCUGCAUGCGCUCGAACCAAUUUUCGAAGCACUUAUUCCACUCGUUUGCUGGCAGAUCCAAAACGGCAUUUUUGAAUGCGUCAACUGCUUCUUCUGGUGACUGGAACCCUUGACCACGCAGUCUGUUUUUAAUUUUCGGGAAAGUAAAGAAAUCGUUGGGACUUAGAUCGGGGGAAUUCCACGUUUUCUUUCGUUAAAUACUGCCUUGUUUUUUUGAUGAAUUAUUGCAAUAUGACCCGCGUUUGACACAAAUAUCGC